AUGCGUCUGCUUCAAGGGCAUUCGCGCUAUACCCUGGCUCUAUGCCGCCGAUUAUCGCAACUGUAUCGGGAGAAAGAGGAUGAUGAUGAAUCUGUAGCCAGUACGACUGAUAACUAUCUGGCUGCCAGGGUAAAAGUCGCCGCCAGGGAUACGCCAAGUCGUGAAGAUGCCGUUAGUCGUGGUGACCCAUCUUUGUUUUCAGGGUCUUUUGCUGACCUCAGUGGAAUACUCAGUGAUCGUGUUAUCCGGUCUCUGAAUAGUUGCGGUUAUGAACUGACUACUAUCAUCCAGUCACUAGCAAUUCCCAAGAUACUGGAAGGCUGCGAUGUGCUUAUACGCAGCGCUACAGGGUCCGGCAAGACGCUGACGUUUCUUGUACCGGCAUUGCAGCGGCUUGUAAAUCCACCAAGCGGCACAAAGAUAACACGUCAGGAUGGUACAGCUGUGAUGAUAAUAUGUCCUACACGUGAGCUUUCCGUGCAGACCAAGGACACUAUCGCUAAACUUGCACGACCGUUCCCAUGGAUUGUUGUGGGUGCUAUAAAGGGUGGGGACAGCCGUAAGUCCGAAAAGGCACAAAUCCGUAAGGGUAUUACGGUGCUUGUUGGUACUCCUGGCCGAGUCCUUGAUCACUGCGAAAGCACGUCGUCAUUCAACGUGGCAAAUAUUCAAAUGUUCGUCCUUGAUGAAGCCGAUCGUCUACUUGAUAUGGGCUUUGAAGUCAAGAUACGUGCAAUUUACAAGUUCUUACGAAGACAAAGGAGUGAAAACUCAAAUGGCAGAGUCCAGACAGUGAUGACCUCUGCAACACUUACAGAUGCUGUUCAACAUCUGGCUGACUUCUGCCUGCACAACAAUCGCCAAACUAUAGGUAUUGAGGAUGAUAUACUUUCACUUCCAUCCACACUUACCCACGAAUAUGUUUUGGUGGAAUGCAAACACAAGUUGAUAUGCCUCAUUUCUCUCUUGCUCAAUUACGUGUCAAAUGGAGAGAAGGUGCUGAUAUUUGUUGCUAAUUGCCAGACGGUGGUUUAUUUACACCGACUACUCCAGACGCUAACUUGGCCAACUAUCGCCGGGAAGAAGCAAGGUGACAUGCCAUUGAAUGAUCGUGCAUACAAGAAACUAAUGAAACACUCGGAAGCUAUCGACUCAUAUAUGCUCUCCCAUGGAGAUGCUGCUGUUGCCUUUAGGAGCGUUACCGAAGAUCGGCACCGUGGUCCAGCGGUAUUCGGUAAGGUGCCAAUACUAAUGCUCCACGGCAGCAUGGAGGCCAACGAUCGUGCCGGUUACGUAAGCGACUUCAUGAGUCACAAUGCUGCGAUUUUGAUUUCUACAGAUGUUGCUUCGAGAGGGCUGAACCUGUCAAAAGUUAACCGUGUUAUACAAUAUGAUCCUCCCCAGCAGCUCGAAGAGUACAUACAUCGUUCUGGCCGUACUGCACGUCUUGGUGGAACAGGUCAUGCUAUGCUGAUCCUUAUGCAACACGAGGCACAGUUCAUUAAUGCCUUGCGCAAACGCGGUGUAUGCGUGAAACAGGUGAUGGAAAGUUUGAUAUGGUCCUAUAUCGAACAAACUCACGUUCCCAAGCAUCUGCGCACUUUCAAAGGAUACAAUGUACCCUUUUUGCGCAACUGUUUCUCAGAUAUCGUGGCGAGUGACCCUGACCUGCUUUCAAGCGCGCAAGCUGCGUUUCGUGCAUCGGUGCAAUCUUACAAGACAUAUUCACGUGAAUUGCGGCGUGUAUUUGACUUCAAGAAGCUACAUUUGGGACAUUACGCAGCGUCAUUCUGUUUGAAGCAGCGCCCGAGUGACAUCCUUAAUGACCCGCGCCAGGUUGACAUCCCUGCUGGAUCUCGUAAACCCGGACAACCAAAAGCAGGCCGUUCUGUUGGAGGUAAACGAACUCGCGGAGGCAUAACGCCUAGUAGCAUUGGUAAAUCUGUCAACCGUGCAGCUAAAACUAAACCUCGUGAAAGGAAAGCGCCGAAGCCACCUAGGACACCCAAGGCAGCAGCACUUAGCGGUUCUACAUCACAAAUGGUGAUGAAGGCAGUAGAAUUUUUGAAAUCGCGCAAUCACUUGUUGAAUAAGUAA